CACUUCGCGCACAUGUUUUUUGUAGUAGUGCAUUUUUCAAUGAAUUUAUGUGCGACAAAUACUACUCCAGAUCUUGAUACUAUCAAAGUAUGAAAGUAUACAGUUCGAAUUAUUUCAUCUUUUGUGUAUUUUAACUUUGUUAUUGUACUAUUAGUUUUUUGUAAGUGCUUUAAGAACCUAGAAAAUUGCCAGCGAUGCAAUGUAUCAAGUUUUCAUUAGUGGAUACCGUUUGGCCGAAGUGUCACACGGCAAGCCUUAUUAUGUUUACUGUAUUGAGGUUCUGGAGUCCGAAAGUGGUACCCGAUACUUUAUUGAGAGAAGAUACAGCGAAUUUAAUGCGCUACAUCGCACGCUGAAGAAAGAAAACGCGGAUGUUGCUCCGUUUCCGCCGAAGAAGGUAAGAAAUUCCCAACCGAAGGUGCUUGAGCAAAGGCGAGCAGCAUUGGAACUGUACAUCCAGAAAAUGUUAAGGCUCUCAGCCACCAAGCAACAGGUUCUCAAUUUUCUGGGUAUAGAAAGUCCAACACCCGGUGUGCCGUAUAAAAAUACGUACAAGAAUACGGAGGGUGGACAAUACGUCGACACCAGUGCUCUUGGCCAUCAACCUGUGCUAACUUUCCAUUGUGAUCCAUAUGUUCAGUCGAACAUUACUUCGAACAGUCUUCCAGAUAUCGUUAUCAGCGGAGUACUUUUGGGUGUAUACAAGUCCUGAGAAGCUUAUCCUAAGCUUGUUACAAUAUCUUUUACGAAAAGCAUAGAAAGGAUUACACGCUUCGUGAAAAGCUGCAGCUCUAUAUUAUUAUAAUUCGGAUGAAAAUUAGGAAGGCGGUUUUUGCUCGUUCAUCCUUAUCUCUCCAGAGAUAAAAAUAAAGCGCUUCCAUCCUGUAUAUAUAUAUAUGUAUAUAUAUAUGUAUAUUUAUAUAUAUAUAUACUAACGCUUCGUUAUCAGGAUACGCGACAAUGUGUAAUCUCUUUCGAAAUUCGAUUAUCGAAGAACGUAAGAGAGAGAGAAAAUCGAGCUUGCAUGUAGCGCGAUUGCGUUUGUAUUAAUGUAAAAAGACCGGAUUUAAAAAUAAGGAUUUUAUACACAUCUAUGUAAUUAAGGGACUUUACAGAAGAAAUAUAUGCUUUGAUAUAUUUGAAUCAUCGUCUCGUUUAUUUCAUCUCAUUAUUUUCAGAGUUUACAUUACUUGUGACAUUCAUCUUAAUUCUAUUUAACUUUAUCGUACUGGAUAUCUGGAUUGUAAAUGUAAAUGUAACUCAUAAGCGGAUCUCUUGCGGUAUUCUUUAUUCGCAUUAAUUCGUUUACUACCGUUUACAGUAGAUAUCACGGACACUCGAUAAAAAUCCAUCGUCGAUAUACCCGCUAGGUCAUUGCUAGAUGUAUCACGAUGGCAUUUCCUUCGCGUCGGGGACACAGCGUUUUUCUUUUCUCUACGAGAUGUUUGGCUUCGAGCAACGAUUAAUGUCGAACGAUUUUAUAAAUAUUACCGUGAAAAAAGGACAGGUUUCUUACUGUUUCCAGAUAACGAUAUGCGCUUCUCUUUUUUCCCCUUUAUCAAUUGUUUUCUUGUUGUUGCUGCUAUUGGUGAUAGGCGAUUACGCGAUAGAUUAGCGAGUGAUUCAUCUAGCGUCUGCUGGAUAGAAUUAUAGCCUCGAGGUUAAUUUGUUAUUAUCAUGAAAUCGGACCUAUCGAUUCCCUAUCCUUAAAUUUCUUCCUGUCGAACGCUAAAGAAGAGUAGACAGACGGGCAGAAGCAUGAAACGGGUGAAAACGGUGAAUUCAAGCGAUGUAAUUUGUUUGGUCCACUGGAUCGGGCGUGUUUGCGUUGCACUCGACGCGCAGUAUUCUCAUUCUCGAUGUAUGUACUCGGGCCUUUGCUGAAAAAUAGGAAAUCUCUGUUUCUUUCGAUUUCGCGGUCGCGAGGUUUCUUUCUCGCUUUCUGUUUUUUU